CAAUCUACUGAUGCGAUAUGGAAUCUUAAAACAGACUUUAAUUCGUCACAAAGUUUACUCAAGAUCGGAUCUUAACCUAUUUUUAAUUUUUACGCUUUCCGAAUUAGUUUUUAAAAUUUUUAAAUCUAAUUUGAAAUCUGUUUUCAGAUAUUGCAUUGGAAGAGGUUGCGUGAGUGAAGUAGACGGGAAUAAACGACAUCCAUUCCCCCUAAAUCACGAUAAAUCAUGUUCUUUUAUCGUGGUAUUAAUAGGUAUAAUAUAUAAAACUCAAUGUUAAAAAUAUAAUUAUAUUAAGUUAGUUCUUAUUUUGGGCCUAAUCGAAUUUUGAUGCAGCCGUCCCUCACAACAACUCUGAAUGUAUAAAAAAUAUUUUUUUUUUAAAUGUCAGCAUCCAAGUUAUAUAUAGUAUAGUAUAAUAUUCUUUAACCCCUCUGUAUUAAUAUGAACUUUUCUUAUCAGGAGAAAACUGGUUUGAGAUGCACACAAUAAGUAAAUUUUACUUCUUUUCUUCAAAAUUAAUUAUUAAUUUAAUAUCAAUUACGUACAUAAUUCGCAAAAACAAAACGUCGGACACUUAUCAGUCUCUAGGUUUCUCUUCUUGUUAUUCUGCGUUCGUGGUAUUAUCACUACUCAUUAUCAGUAUACGAAUACAGAAUCCAGAUUAAGUAUUGGUAAUAUACUGUUUACAGCCAUUUCACAGAAAUCUACGACGAAUACGGUUUUAAUUAUAUUUAUCGCCUUUAUUAUAAAUACAUGUUAUAAUAAUAUAUAAUAAGAAUUAACAUUUUUUGUUUUAGAAAUUAUUAGUUACAUUCAUUAAAGUAUCUUGUAUUUAAAAUAGGGUGUUGAUGAACACAAUGAUUAGCUUUUAAAUAAGUUUUUUUUAGCUUUUUGAAAAUAACUUGCUAUUAUGUGGACUAUAUUUUCGAGAGAUUCGUCAAAAGAUUUUCCAUUUGAAAUUACUGAACCUUCAAAUUAUGGAUUUAAUGAAAAAAGUUUAUGGAAACUGAACAAGGGAAAGAAAAAGAGUACCAAUCAAGAUGUUUCUAUUUUUGAAUUUUUAAUAAACGAUGAUAUUCCUGGUGGAGAAACAAGAUCUUUGCUCUCUAAAUUAGCUGUAAAACAUUUAAAGACUUUAAAGCAUCCUAAUGUUCUCACAUUUUUAGAGAGCACUGAAGUCAAAACUACAAUAUACUUAGCAACUGAGUAUGUUGAACCACUACAGUCAUUUUUAUCGGUUCAAAAUGAUUUACAUGCUACAUUUAUGAAACAGUACAUUGCUUGGGGUUUGUCUAAUAUAAUAGAAGGUUUAAAGUUUUUAAAUAUUGAAGCUAAACUAGUUCACAAUAAAGUUUGUAUUUGGUCAAUAUUUGUAAAUAAAGCUGGUCAGUGGAAGUUAGGUGAAUUGGAAUGUAUGAACAAUUAUGAAAAUUCUCCUCCAGUUUAUACUAGUGAUUUAUACCGUGCUCCAGGAAAUCGUCAAUCACCAUUUUCCAUUGAUGUCUGGGGUUUAGGUAUACUUAUUUGGGAAAUAUAUAAUGGUCCUUUAUCGCAUCAGUCUGCUUUAAAAGAUGUAAAAAAGCUUCCAAACGAGUUGUUAAAAGUUUUUCCAAAAGUGAUAGCAGCGGACCCUAAUAGCCGUCCUUCAUAUGACAGUAUAGUUUCAGUACUUCAAGACGAAAAAUAUUUCGGCAAUGAUUUAGAGAAAGCUAUGACAUCUUUAAGUCAAUAUCAUUUGUUAGAUGAAAUUCAAAGAGCUUCAUUUUUAGAAAAGUUACCAGGAAUGCUUGAAAAUUUUCCAAAAAAUAUUGCAUUAUACAAUGUAUUGCCUAGUCUUCUUGAAAUGUUUAAAUAUAUUAAAGAACAAAAGAUUAUCUUUCCUUCUAUGAUAAAGUUAAGUGUAAUGCUAGAAGAUCAUGAAUUCGAAGAGAAAAUGAUGCCAUGUAUUAUUAAAUUAUAUGAGUCUAAUGAUCGUGCUACACGAGUAAUGUUACUUAACCAAAUUGAGCUCUAUGCCAAUCGAGUAAAGCCUGAUACGUUGAAUGCAAAUAUAUUUCCAUUAUUAGUAAGUGGACUGGCGGACGCUAGUCCUACUAUACGGGAGUUGACUGUUCGAAGUAUGACACAUAUUGCUUCUAAAUUGAACCAUAAUAAUUUAAAUGUAGAGUUAAUGAGACAUUUUGCAAGGUUACAAAUGAAAGAUGAUCAGGGCAGUAUAAGAACCAACACAACUGUGUGUUUAGGUAAAAUAGCUCAACAUUUAGAUCCAAAUAUUAGAAGCAAAAUACUAUCUUCGGCAUUUUCUCGAGCUUUGAAAGAUCCAUUUCCACCUUCAAGAAUGGCAGGGAUUUCAGCAUUUUCAGCUACUCAACAGUAUUAUCCAUUGGUUGAAGUUUCCUCUCGUGUCUUACCAGCUUUAUGUCACGUUACUUUAGAUCCUGAAAAAAAUGUACGAGAUAUAGUUUUCCAAACAAUUAAAGGUUUUUUAGGAAAACUUGAAAAUGUAUCUGAAGACGAAAGAUUAAAAGAAAGAAUUGAUGAAGAAGUAGUAGCUAAUUCCACCCCUGCUGUUUCUUCUUGGGCUGGAUGGGCUGUCAAUACUGUUACAUCAAAAUUUUAUUUAGCUUCGAAAAACCCUCAAAAAGAUGAAAAGCUGAAUGAAAAUCCAAAAGAUAAUUCAAAUACAAGUCAAAAUAUGAUUCCAAGUAAUAAACUAAAUAGUAAUAGUGAGCAGAUGAAGCCUAUAUUUAUAGACAAACAAAUAAAAGCUUUGCAUAUUCAUAAUGAAGAUAAAACCUAUGAAAAUUCUAUAAAUGAAAACAUAUCAAAUAACUGGGAAGAUAAUUCUGGGUGGGACGUUGGAGAUGAUUGGGAAAGCAUUAAUACUAACCCUACGCAAACAGAAAAGUCCACAAAAGUUAACGAUGAUUUCAGCUGGAAUGAUCAAGACCCAGUGAUAUUAGAUAACAUUGAAAGUUGUACAAAUAAAAUGACCGAAGCAGCAAGAGAAAAUUUACGAAAAAAGCGGGAAGAAAGAAAACAAGAACGUUUAAAACAGUUAGAAACUAAAAGAAUAAAUAAGCAAUCUCUAAAAUUAGGAGCAAAGAAACUAUAAAGUGCUCUACUUAUUAUUAAUAUUUAUUAUUAUAAACAAUAAACAGUAAACUUUAAUUACUAUUAUUAUUAUUAUAAUAUAAGUCUCAAUAAUUAAGUAGUAAAAAGCAAAUGUUAAGUACAUC